ACAACCUUGCCAGCACACCGGGCAAGCGACGAACCCUUUUUUUGAGCGUAAAACGGCCAUUGGCACCGGCAUUCAUGCAUUUUGGCAGCUUGGAUGCUGCUCACAUUCUCAAGACCCAGCAUGAAAUGCGUCCAAAUGCAUCUCCUCCUAGCUUCCCAAUCAUCCAAUACAGCGGAAUUAACACCCGCCCCAAACGCCCUGCCGUGAUAGUGUGUCACAAAUGCAGCCCGAGCAUUGGUGAGCAUGAAUCUCGCGUGCUGGUGGAAAAUCAAGAUUUUCCACCACGAGAUUGGGAGAGAAAAUUCCAUCUCGUCUCCUCGUGUACCGCCCCGCAGUUUUGGGCUUUGAAGUACGAGAGAAGAGCCCGAGAGAGAGAGAGAGAGAGAAAGAGCAAGAGAAGCCAAACACAAUCUCAAUGGUUAUGCGCAAAGAGGACGAAAGAUGGAAAUCGUUCGCUCUCCUAUAGUCUAGGUGGGCUGUGGUGGCUGGCGCACACACAGGCCCAGUGACAGCAGCAGCAGCACCAACACACGCUCGCGAACGGGCGCAUCAACACACACACACACAGACACGCAGAAGAGAGUCAGCGGCGAAUGGAAAAUUUUGCACCGCGCCACUGUGGUGUGCCGUUACUGCCAAGACGUCAGAGUCGGGUGCGUGCGUGACACGAGCGGACACGGCAAAUGCCAUCCAGUGCGAAAAGGGGGUUGCGAGCGUUCGUUGCGGCACGGCGGGCCGUUCGUGCCUGUGGGUGUGUGUGGUGUGAUGGUGUGAUAAGAGGCGUAAUUGGACAGUGAAAAUCACACAUUUUUCCACUGGGUCCUAGUGGGCUUUGCUGCUGUGGAAAAGGAAGAAACGUAGUGCACGUAGCGUGUGUGUGAGUGUGUGUGUGGGUGUGUGCAGGUGCCGGGGAAAAUUUCCUGUCGCUUUAACCGAAUGGUCGAAAAAGCAAUUGCAGACGGAUUGUGUUUCUGCGUUUUUUUGCAAGCAAAAUAGUGAUCCUCGUGCGUGAGGAAAUGAAUCAUUAAAAAACAACCAAUUCCUGCUAUUACUUGUGUAGUGCAACAAAAAAAAAAAGAAGAAGGAGAGCAAAAAAAGAUCCUUGGUGAACCAGUAGUGAACGCGUGCAAGUGGUGAUAGGCCCCCCCAAACUGGCCUGCUGGGGUUGUUGACCGUAACAGGCAAAACAGCGAAAGAGAGCAAAGGAACCACAUCAAUGCAUAGUGAGGAUGAUCUAAUUGCUCGAGCACACAACCACCAUCAGCAGCAGCAAACGACACAGCAGAUCACGACCAUCACGAAGGUCGUGCGGGAGGUGAAGCAGUUGGGACCGGAUGCUGGACAACCGUUCGACUAUGUAGCAAUGCCUCUAGACAUGGGAACCGACGGUCAACCGAUCGACUACGUGUCGAUGCCGAUGGGUAUGUACACGACCCGGACGCAGUACUUGAACUUCAACCACAUGGACCAGCCGGAGCAGAUGGUGGGUGGGGCCGGCGGUGGUCCACCCGUCCAGCAGUCGGCGCACCUGCCGCCGGGCGCCAAGGUGAUGGGCGGCGGCGGACCGGGUAUGCCCGGUGCGAUGGGAGGCGGCGGCGGUGGGCAAGGACACUAUCAGGACUACGAGCAUUACGCGCAGUACACGGACGCCGGGUACGAUCUCGGCCAGGCGGCACACCAUCCCGGCCACGCGCAGUCCUAUCUCGGCGAGUAUCAGAUGAACGACCGCUCCAACACGCCGCACACGUCGAGCGAGAACAGCGAAUCGUCCAUCCCGAUGCCGAUGGGGGUGGCGCAGAUGGGCGGCGGCAACCCGUCGGCCGCCGCGCUGAUGGCGGGCCCGGGCGGCUACCUGCAGGGGCAGUACGACGAGAUGGGCGAGUACGUGAUUGCGCCCGGGCAGGGUGGCCCGGUCGAUCGGCUCUACCCGGACAACCCGUCCGCCAUGGUGUACGGGUACGUGUCGACCCCGCCGUACGGCACGAUCAGCUCGCACAUGGACCCGAACGGGGGCGUGGAGCCGACGUACGCCACCAAGCAGCAGCUGGCGUACGAAGCGGCCACCGCCCAGCAGCGAGCCGGAGGGGGCGUUGGCGGCGGCGGCGUAGUAGGAAACGUAGCGCCGGACGGGUCGUGCUACUACGACGGCGAGGACGAUCUGCACCAGCAGCUGUCGAACCUGCAGAUACAUAAUCACGUGUUUUUACAGCACAUCAUCACGUCGCCGGGCGGCAACAAUCGGCCGGGCGUGAGCGGGGCCGGCGGGCCCUCGAAUGGGGCCGGCGGCGGGGGCGGCGGCAUGCCGGACGGUAGCGGCGGCGGGAUGGAUCUGGACGAGCAGCGGCAGAUGAAGUGGCGCGACCCGAACCUGACCGAGGUGAUCGGCUUCCUGAGCCACCCGAACAACGCGAUCAAGGCGAACGCGGCCGCCUACCUGCAGCACUUGUGCUACAUGGACGACCCGAAUAAGCAGCGGACGCGCACGCUCGGCGGCAUCCCGCCGCUGGUGAAGCUGCUCGGGCACGAGAACACGGACGUGUUUCGGAAUGCGUGCGGUGCCCUGCGCAACCUGUCGUACGGGCGGCAGAACGACGAGAACAAACGUGCAAUUAACGCGGCGGGCGGCAUCCAGGCGCUGAUCCACCUGCUGCGCCGGACGGCCGAGUCCGACAUCAAGGAGCUGGUGACGGGCAUCAUCUGGAACAUGUCGUCCUGCGAGGACCUGAAGCGGUUCAUCAUCGACGACGCGGUGCUGGUGAUCGUGUCGUACAUCAUCAUCCCGCACUCGGGCUGGGACCCGACCAACCCGGGCGAAACCUGCUGGAGCACGGUGUUCCGCAACGCGUCCGGCAUCCUGCGCAACGUCAGCUCGGCGGGCGAGUACGCGCGGAAGAAGCUGCGCGAGUGCGAGGGGCUGGUCGAUUCGCUGCUGUACGUGAUCCGGAUAGCGAUCGAGAAGUCGAACAUCGGCAACAAGAUCGUGGAGAACUGCGUGUGCAUACUGCGCAACCUGUCGUACCGCUGCCAGGAGGUGGAGGACCCGAACUACGACAAGAACCCGAUCCCGCACCACGGCUCGGACGGGGGCAUGAGCGGUGGCAGCGGUUCGCACGGCGGUGGCUCGAUCGUGGUGAGUGCGGCCGCUGCGUCGUCCAAGGGCGAAAAUCUGGGCUGCUUCGGGGCGAGCAAAAAGAAGAAGGAACAGCAGGCAGCGGCAGCGGCCGCGCAGCAGCAGGCGGCCGCCGACAAGGACCACUCCAGCGCGAACGGCGACCCGUCGAGGAUGGCGUACAAAAACACUGCUCACUAUAAAGGAGCGGAACAGCUGUGGCAACCGGACGUUGUACAUUCUUAUCUUGCCUUACUGCAGAGCUGUUCGAACCCGGAGACGCUCGAGGCGGCGGCCGGUGCGUUGCAGAAUCUGGCCGCCUGCUACUGGCAGCCGAGCAUAGAGAUCCGGGCGACCGUGCGCAAGGAGAAGGGUUUGCCGAUCCUGGUCGAGCUGCUGCGCAUGGAGGUGGACCGGGUGGUGUGCGCGGUAGCGACGGCCCUGCGCAAUCUAGCUAUCGACCAAAGAAACAAGGAGCUGAUCGGGAAGUACGCGAUGCGCGACCUGGUGCAGAAGCUACCGUCGGGCAAUCCGCAGUGCGACCAGGGCACCUCGGACGACACGAUAGCGGCGGUGCUGGCCACGCUGAACGAGGUGAUCAAGAAGAAUGCCGAGUUCGCGCGGUCGCUGCUGGAUGCGGGCGGCGUCGAGCGGCUGAUGAACAUGUCGCGGCAAAAGUCCAAGUACACGCCGCGCGUGCUCAAGUUCGCCAGCCAGCUGCUGUUUACCAUGUGGCAGCAUCAGGAUUUGCGCGACGUGUACAAGAAGCACGGCUGGAAGGAGCAGGACUUUGUGACGAAGACGAUCGCGUCGCGCAACCUGAACAGCAGCAAUGGCGGGGCGGGCGGCAGCUACAGCGACAACUCGCCCAACUCGCCGAACAACACGCUCAACCGUCCGAUGGCGUCGCAGAGCGGCACGCGGUACGAGGACCGCACGAUGAAGCGGCAGCAGGCGUCCUCGUCGGCGAACAACGGUGGCCAGGCCAUGUCGUUACCACCGGGCGACGGUACCAUCAAGAUGGGAAGAUGAACAACCAUGCCAGCUGCCAGCGAAUACCGAUAGCUCUCCACUGGUGAGGAGAUCGCAAUUUUAGAGAAACCCGGGGGCAACUCUGUCUGUUUGAAUGGAGGAUAUAUUAAUGCUUAGACCGACGAUCCCCCCCGCCACAACAAACACACGGGUGACGACGGCUGGUACAUGAUGCCACCGGAUGGAGUUCGUAGCUGCUGUUGCUCUGCUGCUGCGGCAGCAACCUCUGAAACGAUCUUUUUACGCAUAGAAAGCUACCACAUAUAACGUCAGCACAGCGCCACAAGCGCCAUCUUUGGGGCAGCAAACAGAAGAGAGAGAGGAAACACAAUGUGCAGCAGUGAUGGACACGACACGCCCCGUUGCAAGCUUGGCGCAUAGGAUAUGAUUUUCGAUUAUUGCACUAGCUUCCAAACACUCUCUUUCUAUCUCACUCUCUCUCAACUCUCUAUCUCUCUCUUUCUCUCGACAUACACUUAUACUGACAACAUCCUAAGCCACCUACAGACAUACAACACACGGCGCUCCAAUAUUUCUUCAUUAUUACCCACAAAGUAUAGGCUGACAGCCACGCGUCACACCACCUAGUAGUAGUAGUAGCAGUAGUAGCAGCAGUAGUAGUAAUAAUAAUAGUAGGGUAGCUAGAGAGUCAGCUGACUAAGGCCGAUAUAAUAGUCUGUACAGCAAAGGCGGAUCAUCCAAUCGGUAGUGCUCCUCUUCCUCAAUUGGUUUCUCGAUGGAAAACAUUCGUUUUUGCGCAUGGUGGAGGCAUGGAACAGGUUGGCAUGGAAUUGUUCGGGAGAAAAAUAGUAACUUACUUAGGAGGGAGGUCUGUAUGCGACCGGAUGCUUGUUGUACACAACACUAAGGAUCACGCACUGUCGCCUUGUCACUAUUUUUACGGUGCUCGUUAGGUUUGCCCUUGCAUUUAUUUUCAAUUUAAAUUGAAUUUUAAAUGGUUGCAUUUUUACUGUUACUACAAAUGCUACUACUUCCCCCCACCCUUCCAAAAGCGCACACACACACUGAGUUCUAAUAAGCUAAGCGUUUACUUGUCGAACUUCAAUAAGAAUUCGGCUAUUCGGUCGAAUUAGAAUUCAGCUAUUCGGUUGAUGGCUAAUAGGAACGCAAAUGUGCAGAAUAUAAAGCUCUAUAUUCGAUGGACUAUUUAAACAAAUCACAACACUGGUUUCCUUAGCCGAGCAUCACCUCCGCCAUCAUCUACGCUCUUUUCUAUGCACUGAUGUUAUUUAAACGAUCUUCGUUUUGGUGGUUCCAUGGCUAGAGCGUCACUCUCUUUUGCUGCGUAGGAGAAAGGCACUGUUAUUCAAAUCAUCUUUCCAGUCUCUCUGUUGUUUUUGGUGUAAGACAGCAUGUUCGGGAAACGAUUUUGGCACUGGAAUUGCUAGUGUUUUCCUUCCGAUGUGCGAUCGGUUCAAUCAAGCCCACAGUGUCAUUCACUCAGACUAAUCUAAACUAUCUAUCAGUCUCUAUCAUACUCUACGUUCUCUUGCAUCGAUUGUCUUUAGCUCCCGUGUCUGUGUGUUGUCACGGCCAUAUCAGAAUCAGAGGGGUAAAGGCAACGGUGAAGAAAAAGGGAUAAAAACAAGUCUUUUAUUGGACGCCACAAUCUAACUGCGAUUAUUAAACGUACUCACAACUAAAACCCACAGACAUCAUAGUGCUGGUAAUCUCAUCAUAACUUCAUACACCAUAAUUACCCCCCUCCGCCCGCAAACAUCUAAUGAGAGACGAGUGAAUGAGAGAUACGCCGCAAAAAGGGAAGAGAAUGGGAAUUAGGACGGUACAAGAAACAAACUAAAAUUAAAGCGAGUUGUGCGAGUGGGUGUGAGUGCGUGUAUCUGAUGAAAUGAACAGAGAGUAUCAUUACUCAACCUCCUUCUCCAACCAACCUACAUUUAAAGCAAAACAUUCCUCAGCAACAACAACAAAAAAAGGCGCAAAAACGUACAACAUUGUAUAAUCUCGAUUUCUUACCCGGGAUCUCUGCAUAAUUAGUAAGGCACGCUCUCACUGUAAUUAAGGAUGGCGUCGUAGUCGAUGGCUGCAGGGAAAAGGACCUUUGGAGUAAGACAGACACACACACACAAAACAAAAAUUAGUCAAGCAUCGAAUCGCACGAAUCGCAUCCACCUGUACCCGGCACCUAUACUGCAACAUACGAAAUAAUCAUUCACGCCAUUUAAACAUUCAGCGUACCAUCUCUUAGCGCACCAACAAAAGGAUCAAUGUAAACUAUCACACACACACACGCGCACGCGCACGCACACAGAGACACGCAUAAUAACGAAGGCUCAUUUAUCAUUACUGCUGGCGCAUACAAGAAUAUAAGGGGAUUGAAUCUUUCCAUUUUGCGCGAUCGCGGUGAAGCAGAGAGAAUUGGGUGUGCCGGCGGGUUGUGUGGUGAGAAAUCAGGCACGCAUUCCAAAAUGAACGCCGCAACAACAUACUAUUGUGUAGGAUAUAUUUGCACUUGCGCACCACCACAGAUCGUCAAAUCACAGAAAAAUCAGCUGAGCUAGAGAGAGAGAGAGAGAGAGAGAGAGAGAGAGAGAGAGAGAGAGAGAGAGAGAGAGAAAGACAGGGAAAGAGCAUAAGAAAUUUAGACCACUCCUUUUGUACUCUGGUGUAGUGUGUGUGUGUGUGUGUGUGUGUGUGCAUGUGUGUACAGUCUCCUAACCCAUCUCCCAUCCCCAUCCUAUUGGAAUGGAAAGGAACUGGAAGGAAGUUUACUGUUCGCGGUGUAGAUCCUGUUGGAUUACACUCCACGCGGGACAAACAGAAGCAAAACAAAACAACAUAUGUAUGGCACUCCGAUAUAUAUAUAUACAAGGCACGAAACGUAGAGCAUCUACUACAAAUCUCCAUUUUACUUCCUCGCUCGAAACUAGUACGAAAAUCGAAAACAAACAAAAAAACGAACAAGAAACAAGGGGCAGCAUGAGGGGUGGAAGGUUGAAGACAUAGAAACAACACUAUACCUAGCUCAAAUAUAAUAUAAAUAUAGGCAUACAUAAUAGCGACAGGCAAAAGUAAUGGAAUAUUUGGAACAUGUACUAAAUACUAUCAUGUAAAACACGGCGGCGCGGACGGGGACGGAUAAGCAAACAAAAAUAGGAUAAAUCUAGUAGCUCACUAUACAAAAAAUUCAUCCCACGGGGAAAGACAGAGCCAGCCAGCCAGCAAGACAGACGGACAACAGUCAGAGGGGUGGCGUUUAUACAGCAAAUAACACCGUUACAAAACGUUACACGCGUAAUGAUAACAUUGAUUCACAGACACAGUCACACAACAAACAAUUGUGUAGCUUUCGGUUGGUGCUUUUUUCGUUUGGUGAUUGGUUUAUUGUUCUUUUUUUUAAUUUAAACCAUUUAAAUCAUGCCUCGUGCGCUCUCAUUAAAAAUGCUCUCACCGAACAUGGCAUAAGGGGAGAGCAAACACAUUGUGAGGAGGGAGAGUAGUAGCGAUGAGGGGUAGAGGAGUAGUAGGAAGAUUAGAUCAAGUAAGCAAAAAACAAAAACAAAAAACAAAAAGAACAGAAAAGACAUGAUGCAAAUGGAAAUGAAAUUUCUUCGAACGAUUUCUCUUCGCUCCUUCAAUUCAAAACGAAUCUGAAUGUAGAAUAUAUAAUGAUAAAAAACACACAUAAUUAACACACACACACAAAAGAAGAAACUCCUCAUAAAAAACGAAUUGUCGAAAGGAUGGGCGAAUGAAAAAUGAAGCAAAAAACUCCAAUACAUAACAUGGGUAACAGGAAACGGAAGGAAUCUAAAGCUCGUCUCGUGCGCAUAUGUGAAACCACAAUACCCACAAUGCUGUGAAAACUAAUAUUGACUAGAGCAGGCGCAUAACGCUGCUGCUGAGAAUUAAAUACAACUGCACGCACCCAACAUACAGACAUACAGAGUGACCGGAGGAAAAAAAAGCGGCGAAAAGAAAGGUCCGUCGGUGGGGUAGAACAAAUGUUAGAUUAGGAGUAAUUAUUAUACAAAUACCCAGACAGCGCAGCAACCGGACUUAAACGGUUACGACGAAACUCUUGCGCUCAAAACCCACGUGUGUUUGUGUGUGGUACACGUGGCGCACCACGUGGUGUGCAAAAUGCCCAGCACGGUCGUAGUAGGCAGAGCAGCAGCACAUCCCUACCCUUCCCUGCUGGAAGUAUGACUUUUGGAGUGCAAGACAGGCUAGGGGAGGAGGGGUGGGGAGGGGUUUCGGACGGAGUAACAUACCUUAAAGAUUACACGAUUUUACGGUCAAUUUUAUCAUAUAAAAAAUAUACACGGGAGAACAAAAAAAAAACAACAAGCAGCUACAAAACUACACACCCGCCACUAACACUAGCGCGCCGCGCUCUUGUUGGUUUUUGGGAGGGGAGAAAGGAAGUUCGCUUCCACCAGCCGCGUGCGUGCGUACGUGCGUGGCCGUUCUGAACGGGUGUGAAUAAUCGAACGUUUGUGGUGGUGGUGGUGGAACCAUUGAUAUGCCAUACAAGGAGGAGCGGAAACGGAAAUGAAACCAUACGUGUGCGUCGGCAUAUAUCUAGAAGAGUGUUCCGCCGGAUGUGUACGAUCUGACAUUUACUAGGGAGCUUCAGUUUUCAUUUACCGUGUUUCGCAAUAUUCAUAAAAUCACAAUCUCCCCCACCAUGUUUUCUUCUUUACGUUUCAAAUCAUAUCUCGUAACAUCUUGCACACACACACACCCACACAAAUCGUGCGGUUUUGCGGUUGUUUUGGAAAAGUUUCACCGGUUGAUGCGCAAGAAGCGGCGCACCCUGUGUGUAUGCGCAAUCGGGGGUGCAAGGGUAAGCGCGCAUGUAGCGCGCACGCGGGUAUGGCGUAUAGUAAGAGUAGGCGCAGACGAGAGAAACACGCGGGUUGCAAGGAAUAUUACACUAAACCGCUCGAGAGCAGAGGAAAGUGGCUAAAAGUAUUGAGAGCGGAAGUAGCAGGAACUGUUAAAAAGACAGCCCCGUAAGAGGCGUGCAUGUGUAUGUGGAAAAGAUUGUGCAGGGCUUAUACCCUACUAAUUAGUAAGCUAAUCUGGGAUGUAAAAUGAUGCACAUCGGUCACAGGCACACAUGAGUUCAGGGUACAUGGGUAGGGGGUGGGGAUGGAAAUAGCAUUGAACGGAAUCGAACGCAACCCAUGGUGGUGUAGUAGCUGAAUUAUUGCAAUUCCAUCUAAAUACUUAAUGAUUAUCUCAAUCGUUCAACGGUGAUGUGUGUUGUGUGGUGCGAAGAAGGGGUUCAUCGUCAUGAAGGAGCAGCUUUGGUUUUGUACUACUGAUUUGAACACUAUUUUACACUAGUUUCUUCCGUUUAGUAAGCUAGAGAGCUUAGCAGAGUAACGAAUGAUGAUGACACGUGUACCGGUAAUUGUGAAAUUGUUUAUUUUAUUUUAUUGCGCUGUAUUUUCUGAUUUAGAUAAUAUAUAUAUAAUAUACACAAACACAAUUAUACGUAUAAUUUAAUGCGAUAUUCCGUUGAGUUUAAAGGUGGAUUCGGUUGGAAAUUAGCUGGAAGGAUAUUUAAAAAAUGUGGGGGUAAAGAAAAAGCAUGGAGCCUCUCCCCUCAUCAUCAUCAUUCAGCCCAAAUCCCGUGAGCCUAUGGGUGGCAAUGGUCGACAGCGGAGGUUGAUGUGUUGUGUUAGGCGGGAAGACAUUCGAAUUAAGAAGAGGGAAAAGAAGGGGUAUAACCAUACAUUAUGUCCGUUUUUGCGCUAGGCUGAAAAGAGAGAGAACGAGCGAGAGAGAAGAAGUAAAACACACCUCCUGCUGCAGUAAAAUUGCAAGUAAAGGCAACAGCAACAACAACAACAACAACAAACAAGGUAUAUUUUAAACCAUGAGUAAGCAUAAAAAGGAAAAUGAGUUUUUUUUUUUUAAAAUGCAAUAAAAAUAAAUUAUUGAUAUUCAAAUAAAAUGUA